GCCGGAUGCCUUGCGCCCGAGGUUCCAGGCCAUGGAGCUCCAGAUGCGCUCGCUUCCGGGCUGGCAGCCACUGGAGGAGCCCCAGGCGGUGCUGCCCACCGCCCUCGACAUGCCGGAGGACGCGGCUUUGGCGGCGCGUCGCAUCGACGCGCUCGUCGUUGGCGUCUUCACCAUCGGUCUGGCCGUCGUUGCGGCAACCGUGCCAGUUGCGGUGGUGUCCUUGUUGGCAUGCAUGGGCGAAGUGGCCCAGGCGGAGGAGGAAGAAUUCGAGAUGCAGCUGGGGCCACUUAAGACCGCCGUUUUUGCUGUGCGGGCCUCGUCCUGGACGUGCCGGAUGGCAGCACAUCAAGCCGUUCCCUUUCAGGUUCUGACCUCUUGGUCAAAAGCCGACAACUUGAUGCUGGGCGGGGCAGGGCUGGCGUGGGAGAUAAUUUGGCUCUGGUUGAUUGCCCGGGGCCCGGUGCCGACCACCUCCCAGCGAGAUGUUUUGAGCCUUUCAGAGUUUCAGGCCGUUCUCGCUACGGACGUGGUGGGCUACUUUUUCCGUGCGGUGCAGGCGGCGUGGAUGAAGCGCCAGAUCAGCGUCACAGACCCUGUCAUUUCCAUCGUCAUGAGCGCUCCGGCCUCAGUCUUUCCCGUUCUGGGGCCGAGGGUGGAUCUGCUCAAGGAUUGUCUGUUUGCUGGCGCCGUGUUUCAGCUCGCGGCCUGCCAAGCGGACGGCUCAUGGAGACGCACCGUAGGCUUCUGGGUCGGGAUCGCCGCGCUCCUCACCAUUUUCCUGCCGGCACCGGCCUUGCACGGCCCCUACCUUGAUGUUCCGGUUCGAAACGACCAGGAGCGCGACAAGUGCACCUUGCCACACUUGCCUGAAGCAUCACGGAGGGACCUGGCGGCUGAGUUUUGGCCGGCCUUGGUUGCCCGCCUUCGUGUGAAGAAGGACAGAGCUCUGUGUUCCAGCAGCGCUUGA